GUCUACGUAUGCCAAAAACUUCGAUAACAACAAAGCCAAAAGGCCUUAUAUAACUGCGCAAUUAGGAUUCAUCACUGCAGCCUCCCAACAACCCUUCUCCCGUUCUUCGUGUUCUCCGUCCUUCUCCAUUUCCUUCUUUCUCUUUCUCUCUCUGGGAUAUCUCUGCCAGAUCGAUCUAUGGCGUCUAUUGCAGGAAUGUCGAUUUCUGCUCCUUCUAGAUCGCUUUCCUUCCAACAGAGCCAGCAGCCAACAAAAUUGAUUUCCAGUCUGAAAUCAGUUUCUUUUUCCACUCAAAGGAAAAGCUUUUCAUCAGUUGGUUUGAGAUCACUUUGCUUCCGGGUUUCCUGUGCUGCCAAAGAAGACACUGUUCAAAAGGUGUGUGAAAUAGUGAAGAAGCAGUUGGCAUUACCUGAUGACUCUGCGGUCACUGCCGCAUCAAAAUUUACAGAACUUGGAGCUGAUUCUCUUGAUACGGUUGAGAUUGUAAUGGGGCUUGAGGAGGCAUUUGGGAUCAGUGUGGAGGAAGAGAACGCCCAAACUAUCGCUACUGUUCAGGAUGCUGCAGAUAUGAUUGAGAAGCUGGUUGAGAACAAAAGUGCUUGAUUGAUAGAAGGAAGGAAUGGAAGAAAGUCUGCUUCAACUUCAAUUUUCCCUUUAGUUCGAUAUACUUUGGAUAGCCUUUUAUGAUUAUGGACUCAUGUCGCUUCAAUAUUAUGAAAACAUGUAGUUCGUUUAUAUUAGUUGUUUUCUCACUUUAACCAAGUUACUCAGUCUGGUAUAUCUUGAAAUAUGUCCAUGGAUAUUAUUUCUUA